AUGACCAUGGAAGGGGCAAAUCUCACCAGGGUCUCUGAGUUCUUGCUCCUGGGCCUCUCAGAAAACCCCAAACAACAGCAGGUGCUGUUCAUACUCUUUCUGAGUAUGUACCUGGUCACGGGCCUGGGGAACCUGCUCAUCAUCCUGGCCAUCGCCACCGACACGCAGCUCCACACUCCCAUGUACUUCUUCCUGGCUAACCUGGCCUUGGUGGACAUUUGCUUCACCUCCACCACCAUUCCCAAGAUGCUGGCCAACCACAUGUCAGGACACAGAGGGAUCCCUUACGCAGGCUGCCUGACCCAGAUGUUCUUCUUCAUCUGGUUUGCUGGCAUCGACAGCUUCCUGCUGACCGCCAUGGCCUAUGACCGCUACGCGGCCAUCUGUCACCCUCUGCACUAUGCCACGUCUGUAACGCCACGCCUCUGUAGACUCCUGGUGGCUGCGUCCUGGACUGGAGCCUUCGGGAACGCCCUGACCCACACGGUGUUACUGACUCGCCUCUCGUUCUGCACCCACAACCGGGUUCCCCAUUUCUUCUGUGACCUCAGCCCUCUGCUGAAGCUGGCCUGCUCCGACACCUUCCUCAAUAACGUGAUGGUGUACACCGUGGGCGCCCUACCCAUCAUCACCCCCUUUGUGGGUAUUUUGGUCUCCUACACACGCAUCUUUGCCGCCGUGCUGAGGAUCCCGUCCACGAGGGGCAAGCGGAAGGCUUUCUCCACCUGUGGCUCUCACCUCUCUGUGGUGUCCCUGUUCUACGGGACACUCAUUGGGGUUUAUUUCAGCCCCACAUCCUCCCACACCGCCCAGAAGGACACGGCCGCUGCAGUGAUGUACACGGUGGUCACUCCCAUGCUGAACCCCUUCAUCUACAGCCUACGCAACAGUGACAUGAAGGGCGCCUUGGGGGGCCUCAUCAGUAGGAAGCCAGUUUUUAUUCAGUGA